AUGAAUACAAAUAUGCUUCAAGGUAUCAUAGUUAAAUACUAUGAUAAGUUAGAAAUUGAAUCAAUGAAUCGUAAACGACAACGUAUCAACAUAACUAAUUUUUGGACAGAGAAAAAAAAUGAAAUUUAUUCUUUAAUUCAGGAUCAAUUAGUAAACAUAGCUGAAAGUCAACGAUUAGUGAGUGAUAAAAUUCCAACAGCUCAAUUACAAAAUGAAUAUGCAUCAUAUGAUAAAAUUUAUCAAGAUAAAAUAGCAGAAUUAAUGAAAACAUAUAAAUAUAUUCGACGUAUACAUAGUGAUGGAAAUGGUUUUUAUCGUGCAUUUACAUUUGGUUUAUCUUAA